ACACACACCAAGCCGCCGCGCCGCUCCUACAGGCCGCUUCCGGCGAUUGAGGCCGCUGUGGCGGAGGCGGAAGCCCUGAUCUCCCUGCCAACGGCCGUCCUCGACGACAUCCUCAACCGCGUCGGGCCCCGCGACGCCGUCCGCACGUCGGCGCUCUCCCGCGCCUGGCGACGCCGAUGGGAGGCCCUUCCAUCGCUCGACCUCGACUUCGAUGAUGGCGACAAGUAUGUGGGGGCCGUGGACAGCAUCCUCCUCCGCUGCCCCGGCCGCGUCCGGCUCUUCCGCGCCGUCAUUGCCAAGCCCUACAAAGGCCGCAUCCACGACUGGCUACUCGUCCUCUCCCGCCGAGGUGUUGGGAUCCUCGACAUCACCGGCUCCCUGACCCUCCCCUCCUCCGUCUUCACCUGCGGCCGCCUCACCUCCCUCCGUCUCUGCUGCUGCUCCAUCCCGAUGCUACCCCGGGGAUUCAAAGGUUUGCCAGAGCUGAGGAAACUUAGUCUGGCUAGUGUCUUCUUAAAGGAAAACUGUCAAUACCAACUGCAGGAGAUCAUUGCGACCUCACCGCUGCUCGAGGUGCUGUCACUUCGGGAUGUGAAUAUCCCUGGUGAACUCAAACAGUGGGUGAUUCAGGGGCCUAAUCUGGGAUUCCUCCAUAUUCUUUCGCUUGAUGAUUAUGGUUGUGACCUUGGGGAUCUUCCGCGACUGGAUUCUGCUGUUAUUGAUAUAUGGGACUAUUUAGCCGACCGUGAUUUCUCCAAAUUUCUCUGCAGCCUUGCGACCCUUACCAAGCUUCAGAUAUCUACUUAUCAUCAACCGCAAGGCUUCUUCGCACAUUAUCCAUAAGUCUUUGUCGUGCUGCGCAAUUGGCAAUGUCUAAUGAGGAUGGACUAAAGAAGUUACUAAACUACAAAAAAGCUUCAACUCAUGCCGAGGUUAUAUUUGAAGGUUGUACUGUUACUGAUUAUUUUCACCCUCAGAGCCUGGAAAUGCGUGAAGCUGUUCCGCUGGAAUGAAACAGUACUCUCUCAUGACCAAUGUUGUCUUUUGAAGAUCAGACACGCCACAUCACGGAAAUCUCCGUCCCUAGAGACUGCCGUAGUUAUGUGUUCUGAAAGAAGUUCUGCACUGUUGUAGUUUGGCGCAAAGGUUGUGAUCGAGUAAUUCAGUGCAUUAGCCUGUCCUGUUGGUACUUCUGCUGUUUUGCUUGAACCUCCAGGAUCUCUCUUUCAGAUAUGAAAACUUUGCAGA